CACUUUGGAAGUCCGAGGCAGGCGGAUAACUUGAGAUCAGGAGUUUGAGACCAGCCUGGCCAACAUGGUGAAACCCCUUCUCUACUAAAAAAAAUUAGCCGGGCGUCGUGGCAAGUGCCUGUAGUCCCAGCUACUCCGGAGGCUGAGGCGGAAUCGCUUGAACCCGGGAGGCGGAGGUUGCAGUGAGCUGAGAUCGCGCCACCACACUCCAGCCUAGGCGACAGAAUUAGAAGCCGUCAGGUGAAAAAAAAAAAAAAAGUGGCAGGAACCAAAUGAAGAUAGUAUUAACAACCAACCAGGUUUUUCCUACAACAGUUCUGACCAAUCAGGAUCAGAUCAUCGUUAUAAAUUCUGGUAGAAGCCACUGCUCAUUCAGCUGCUUGCUUUCAGAGCAUAGCUUUCUCAACUAUGGCCCGGACGAAGCAGACAGCUCGCAAGUCUACCGGCGGCAAGGCACCGCGGAAGCAGCUGGCCACCAAGGCAGCGCGCAAAAGCGCUCCAGCGACUGGCGGUGUGAAGAAGCCCCACCGCUACAGGCCAGGCACCGUGGCCUUGCGCGAGAUCCGCCGUUAUCAGAAGUCGACUGAGCUGCUCAUCCGCAAACUGCCAUUUCAGCGCCUGGUGCGAGAAAUCGCGCAGGAUUUCAAAACCGACCUUCGUUUCCAGAGCUCGGCGGUGAUGGCGCUGCAAGAGGCGUGCGAGGCCUAUCUGGUGGGGCUCUUUGAAGACACCAACCUCUGUGCUAUUCACGCCAAGCGCGUCACUAUUAUGCCUAAGGACAUCCAGCUUGCGCGUCGUAUCCGUGGCGAGCGAGCAUAAUCCCCUGCUCUAUCUUGGGUUUCUUACUUGCUUCCAAGCUUCCAAAGGCUCUUUUCAGAGCCACUUACAUUCUCACUGAGGAUAGCUGUCACACCAUUGGUCGACUGUCUUAAAUCAACUUUAAAGCAGGGAUAAACUGGCGGAAAGUCGUCAAGGGUUGUUCAUUCUGAUUCCUUGCAGUGUCCUUUGUCUUCUAAGACGGUCCUUUUCACUUGUCCUCUGUGACCCAUCUCACAAGGGUCUCACUUUCUCCGAGGAAAGUCAGCAAAUCUAUAUCCAAGGUCAAUCCGCUUCAAGGGGAAAGCCAAAGUCCUUCCUGCACAUGCUGUCCUUUGGGGAUAGCAUCUCCAGAACCCCAUAACUAACAAUUAGAUUACAGGUUAAAUGAGAUGCCAUUUUUAACUGAAACGGGCACUGCCCUUGGGUCCCCUGGAAGCUUGCUGAAAAUCACGGACAUGAGGCCGGUUGAUUUAGCACAUAGACACGGGAGACUUCAAAAUGAGGACCCACCCACCAAUGAGAUACAGAAGUUUAUAUAUCACCUUGAGAUUAUAGAAAGAGUGCAAGCUUGGAACCUGGGAAAACAGAUUAUAGGAGGGAGAAAGGAAGAGACUUGGCUAGCAAGGGGGGCGGGUCUUGUUAUGUAGAUGAAAACACACAGCUAGUAGUCCUCAGAAAAAAUAGAUGGUAAAUGUCUCUUGUCAGGGUGGGCGUGGUGGCUCAUGCCCUCCACUUUGGGAGGCAGUGGAAGGAGGAUUCCCUGAGCCCAGGAGUUUGAGAUCAGCCUGGGUAACAGCAAAAUCCUGUCUCUACGAAAAACAAAUAAAAAGAAAGGUGGGUGUUGCAGCGCACAACUGUAGUUCUAGCUGCUCAGAAGGCUGAGGCAGGAAGAUUGCCUGAGCCCACGAGUUCAAGGAUGCAGUGAACUAUGAUUGCACAAUUGCACUCCAGCCUGGGUGACAGAGCAAGACGGUCUCUUAAAAAAUAAAAAUAAAAAAGGAUCAGACUCUCAGUUAAUCUCUCCUAGAUCCAGGAAAGGACUAGAAAGGGAAAGCCUGGCAACAAAUGGAAAUUUCCCCCACAAAAGACUGAUUUGCAGGGCCUCAUCGGUCUCCGGGCCCUGAGGCAGCCAUUUCAAAAUAGGGCAAAGAAAUAUCUUUUGGGGUAAAAUAUUUUUAUUUCCUUCACUUUACUUUCCUCAAGAGACUGCUUUAAGGGUUAAAUGCAGUAAUAUAUUCUAGGGCCUUGGACAGUGCCCCAGAAAACACAUUAGGUACACAAAAAAUAUUUAUUGAACCUGAUUUUAUCUCUGAAUCUUAGUUUGGAGUGGCUCUUGUGGGAGACUAAAAUAUGCCACCCCGAAGUAUACUUUGUCGUAUUUCAAGAUGGCUAUUCAGAGAAACUGCAGAAAUAGGAAUAGCUCUGAAAAGCUCUUUUUUGUAAAAGAAAUGUAUACCUAUCAAGGAAAUCUACAUUAGUAAACAGUGGAUGCAAGUACUGGCUUUCUCUGAGGCUCCCUUUCCUGCCUAAAGAGGAAUCUAAGACUGACUCAAAGGAGAGAAAACUACUUUGUCACAGGCUGUCAGCUAUUCUGCGAUUACCUGAGAGACUUUAUCUACAUAACAAGAAAACCUUUGCCUUUCCUUCCCUGGUGCCUUUGCCUUUCCUCCCUCACCCUCCUCCAACAUGUGUCACCACCUCCUCCAAACCCCCAGAAGUCUCAAGACCUUUUUUUUUCUGUAGUCUCAGAAUGGCAUAAAAACGUCAAUUAUUUGGCCCUUCUGAGAGAGAAAUAAUAUAGGGUGGUCACAAGAGAAUAGAAGAUUCCAUGCAGUAGUUUCACAUGACUAGCAAAAAGGAAACUGUUGAAAUAGCUGCACAAGCUAGGAGCCAAAAAGACCCUGAAAACCGAAAUGUUUGCCAAGCUGGCUAAGUCCUACUUGACCCAACAUGGCACUGGAUUUGACCUAGCUUUCACCUGGGACCUUAUUAUACACUUAUUAACAUACAAAUCAGACAUCCACCAACACCAUGACAGUUCCAAGAACACCCAUAUUUCAUGGAAAAAUGGAUGGCACCACAGUUCUGAGAAAUUGUCACCCUUUUCCAGAAAUCUUCAUGGAUAUUCCACCCCUUGGUUAAAGAAACCCAUAAAGAUAGAAGCCCCAAUCACUCCUGGGCAAGACUGACUCUCUUGAGUAAGCCUGCACUUCCCUUCCUUGAGCAUGUAUUUUUCACUUUGCAAUAAACCUCUGUACUUUUUCUGACUUGUCCUUGGAUUCUUUCUGGCAGCAGUGGCAAGGGCCUGGACACUGGCUGGGAUCAACAUCCUAAUGGCAUUUGGGUACCUCCCCUAGCCCACCGGUAUCAUUUCUUGGAGUAUUGUAUUUUGUGAGGCUCCUGUGCAUAUGCAGGUAAUAAAUAAUUUGUAUGCCUUUUUUUUUCCUGUU